CGAAUAUGUCGGACGAACAGCAGGGCGAAAAAUCUAAAAUGGAUAGCGCGAUGCAUUCUGCAGCGGGUUGCAGUUUUCAAGUAAACCAAGGACAAAAUGUAGAUACUUUGACGAACGAGGUAUUGGACGAAUGUAAUCGUCGAGCGUAUCUAGAUGGCACGUUUUUCGCUCCAGAUCUGGAUAAGUUGUCGUUUGAUGGAACGGUCUGGGGCAUUUGCCAAAUUUGCAAAAAAGAAAACAAUAAAGAUCAUAGCAUCAGCGGUACCUUGAAAUCUUCAUCAAAUUACGUGAGACACUUAAAGAAUGUACACAAAAGAGCAUUCCAAGAAUAUGAGGAUUAUGCCAAACAGAAAAACAAAAAACUGAAAACAGAUAACAAUGAAGAUAAGUAUAAAACUUUUUGUUCAUUUUCUCAAGCCCGUUUCGACAAUAACGUUGUGAACUAUCUUUUAGAAAGUAUGUCACCACUGAAUACAGUCGAGUCACCAGCAUUCAGGAAAAUAUUUGAUGAUAUGAAGAUUAAGCACCAUGGAAAGGAGCUUCAGCAUUUGUCUGCUCGUACCGUUGGCCGACGGAUAGAACAAACAUUUUUGAAAACCGUUGCCGAUAUUUCCGCUGAAUUGGCAAACGUCUCAUUUGUCUGUACGACUGCUGACACUUGGUCAUCUCGUCAUCGACGAUUCGUUGGCAUGACUGUUCAUUGGAUUGACGAGCUGACUAUGGAACGUAAAUCGUACGCAAUAGCAUGUAGGCGGCUCAAAGGUGAUCAUUCGUACGAUAGAGUAGCAGAAAGCAUCAAAGAUAUUCAUGCGUCGUAUGGAUUAUCCGAAACCCAAGUAUUUGCAACUGUAACCGAUAACGGUUCAAAUUUUGUAAAAGCUUUUCGCGAAUUCGGGCUCCGAUCUGGCGAUUAUUUUUUCGAAGGUGAAACCGUAGAUAAUGAUAAGAAUGCAAGCAAUGCAAUCGUUGAAAGUGAAUCCGAAGAUGAUUCAGACCAUGCGGAAAUGGAGUUGUUUGAUGAUUGCAAUGAUUCGAUUCCCGUGCUUCCUCAGUAUUUUCGUUGUGCCAGCCACACGCUUAAUCUCAUUGUGACGACUGACAUGCUUGCUGAUAUCAAGAUGAGCAAAACUUUGAAACAAUCAUUUGAUGAGAUGAUCGCUAGAUGUAGUAGUUUGUGGAAUUUGCAAAAAUCUCCAAAAAAAGCCGAAAAACUAUGCUCCGCGAUUGGUCAACCCUUGAAAAGGCCUGUAGUGACCCGCUGGAAUUCACUGUACGACGCUCUCAAACAAAUCCAGAGUUUGAAAGAGGCUAUUUUGCAACACAGCAAUGAAUUGGACAUCACAAAUCCACUGAGGGACACUGAUUUCAGAUUCAUGGAAGAGUACAUUAGCUGUAACAAGCCUGUGGCCGAAGGUCUUGAUAUAUUGCAAGGCGAGACGAAAUGUUAUUAUGGUUACUUGCUUCCAACGCUCAUAACCAUCAGGAACAAAUUGCAGGGUAUGGAAAAGAGCAAUCUUCAAUGGUGCAACCCUUUAGUUGGUGCACUACUUAGAAAAAUAAUGUAAUGACGACACUACUUUGUCGUAGAAUGGAUAAAAAUAAUUAAAUAAUUGAGUGACACUACUUUGUCGCAUGAUUCGGCUAUGAAGAACUCCAUGUAAUUAUGUUGAGGUGAAUUGAACUUGUACAGGAAUGCCGAAAUGUAAUUGAAAAACUAGUCCCUGCAAAGAAGCUACUUUAAUAAAAUGAGACCCCAUCGUAAGAUGACUAUUAAAAGAGUAAUGUUGUAAAUGAUAUUUAUCUAAGUAAUUGUCGAAAAUAUGUAAAUAGAUUUGAACGACGAUGAACAAAAGAAUAGUUCGACAUGAUUGCGAUGUUAAUGUUCACAAUAUGAAAACGUAAUGAAUAAACGAAUAAUGAUCGUCA